GAUACAUCGUUAUCACGUACUAUAAAAACUGAUUUCGAUAUGGCUUAAGGUUUCUUCCAGUGAAUAAUGAGAAAAAAUGUUAACGAAAUAUUUGUUUGUUGUUGGUUUUGGUCUGGUGGCAGCUAACCCGAUACUACAGAGAAUACCAAUAAAAUUACCAGUCCAAUCUUUCCAGUCACAACCCUGUCCAAGUCAAACAUGUCCGACAAAGACAUGUCCUUCACAAACAUGUCCGACACAAACACGUUCAACGCCCCAACCAUGUCAGACAUGUCAAACUCCGUACAGAAACGUCUAUAGCCCUCCAAGCAAUAACUGUCCUUGUAACAAACAAGCUCAAAUAGCUCAGUCAGCACUUACAGCUCAGUCACCUCAAACAGCUCAAGUCAAUCCAGUGACAAACUUAAUCAAUCAAGAUGUUUUAACUCAACUCGUUCUUAGGAGACUAUUUAGUCCACCUCAACAAGCACAGGCAAAUCCUGCAGCAGCAAGCAACAAUUGCGAAGCACAGAAAGCUCCACCAAAUAUUAUCAAUAACUAUAUUAUAAUACCUCCUGAAUAUUUCAAAACAAAUGAAACUAAGGUAAAUAAAGAAGGAGAUACAAAAACAGAAAGCAAAAGAAGGAGAAAACAAAGUAAACGGAGGAAUCAAGAAAUCGCAUGUUCUUGUGAAGAUAAAGAUAAAAUAAUCGUAGAAAAACUAGAAAUAUCUUGUCCUUGUGACAAAGAUACUUCUGUAGUUGGUGAGCCUGUAACAAAGGGUAAAAUAGUAGACGAUUCUGCAUUGAAAACUAAUGUUAGUCCAAAAGGUACGAUAACAUCACAAAAUCACAAACGAAUAACUAAUUAUAAUGAAGUCGUUAUAGAACCUGCGCUCAAAGACGUGGAUACUAAAAAGUCCAGAAAAGGAAAUCGAGGCAGAAAAAAUAGUCUGGAAGAAGCAAUUAUAAAAGACUUUUGUAGGAAACAUCCAAACGUACCAGAAGAAAUUGCCAGAAGUUUAAUGAAGAAAUUGAAACAACAAUUUGACAAAAGGUCUAAGCCACAAGUCGUCCCAUAUCCAUUUAGACCUUAUGAUUAUGAUUAUUAUGAACCUGCACUGUCUUACCCAAGAAUUUACGACCACCCGAGGCCAUACAACGAUGUAGCUGAAAGCGAUAGAUCUAGAAAACGUAAACAACAUCGCUCAGGGAGACGACAUAAGAAACUGAAGGAAGAAGUAAAAAAAAACCCUAAUCUAUGCGAUAAAGAAUGUGAAAAACUAGUGGAACAAAAUCCAAAAGUAAUCAAUAUAGAAACAGAAACGAUCACCACAGAGAAAAUUACAGCUAGUACAGAAAAGCUAAAAGAAAAUUUGACUGUAAAUAACUCUGAAACCCAGAUGGAAAACCCUGAUGACUUAUUAGAGCAACUGGAUAAAAUGAAAGCUAAAUUUGCUAAACUAAAUGAAAUAGAAACUACAACUGUUAGUUAUAAUAAACGUAUCGAACAGUAUCCAGAAUUGGGGAAAGAAGAUAAAGUACCAACUGUCUAUGAUAACGGAGUAGAUGAUUAUUAUCCCGACUUUAGAGAGGAUAAUAUAUUAUUUUAUGGUAGUGAUGAAGAAUAUGAUAGCAAAGAAGACGUAUAUGACAACAAUGGAGAACUUAAUUCAAAAAGGUACGUAAAUGAUAAAAAAUCUAGUAAUAAUUCCCAAAAACAUAUAACAACUACUGAACACCCUGUUUCAGUCUCAACAGAAUCUUUCGAAACUUAUGACAAUUCAAAAGACGGAAGCGAUGAAAUACAAUUCAUAAUACCUCCUCAUUUAGAACUACCUGAUUUUGAAACUAAACAAAUUAAUAAAUAUGAAAUUGAUGACUUUGUUGCAGAUGAUUCAAACAGAUAUUCUGCUGCAUCUAAAAUUGAACUGAAACCUGUAAAAGUAUUUACUAAAGACAAAUCAGGAAGGACGAAUAUUGAAACAGUGUUUGGACAUUCUAGAGUAGUAAAAUAUGGGCAUGCCGCAGAAACAGCGGCUUCGGAACCUGUUAUAACAUAUUAUUUACCUGAACAUGCUAUGACAGAAGAUCGAAUCCAGUUACCUGAUGGAGGAAUAGUUGUUGUAGCUAAAUCAAUUCGAGAUGUAAGUAAUUGGGAAAAAGAGUCAUCAAGAAUGAUUUGAAUACAAAACUAAGUUAAAUCGAACUAUUUACUUAAGUAUUUUUCAGUACAGAUGGAGUUGGAGUUUUUUUUUACGCACUUGUGGAUGCUUUGGGCAAAUACACCCUGUUUUUAUUGAAUUCCGUUAACUUUAAGGGAUGGUUCUUUAGAU